GUCGCAGCGAGCGUCCCAUGCGCAAAAGGAAAUCGGAUAAAGUCACUGAGAUGUCUUGGUGUGCCUCUUCUACUUCGUGUUUUGCCGCUUCAAUAUUCGAUUCAAUCCCUUCUUCUUCUUCUUCUUCUUCUUCUUCGUUGUUCUGUGCUCGGUCAUUAUCCUUCUCACAGAGCCGUUUAUAUGGAACAACUUACAAAAAAAUUUCCUCGUUUCCUUCAUCGAAGGAAUACAGAUUUCCUUCCUCCUCAUCCACAAAAAUGCUCGUUACUAGAGCUGCAGAAUACAAAUUCCCUGACCCAAUUCCUGAAUUCGCUGAUGCCGAGACGAAAAAGUUCAGAAACCAUCUACUGAAGAAACUUUCGAAGAAAGAUAUGUAUGGGGAAUCAGUUGACGAAGUUGUAGGUGUUUGCACCGAAAUAUUCAGUACUUUCUUACACUCAGAAUAUGGAGGACCGGGGACACUAUUGGUGUUACCAUUCAUAGACAUGGCCGAUACUGUAAAUGAGAGGGGAUUACCAGGAGGGCCACAGGCUGCACGUGCUGCUAUCAAGUGGGCUCAAAAUCAUGUUGACAAGGACUGGAAAGAAUGGACUGCUUCUGGUACCAACUGAUAAAUGAAAGAAACAAGUAGAACCCUUUUUGUAUCUUAAUUUUAACGUUGAUUGUGUCUCUUUUCAAGACGGGCUAGUAGUAAUAAAUCCAUUGAUAAUGAGUGUAAUCAGAAAUUUGAACUUUUUAUGACGGAAAAUUUGUUGGUGAAAUUAGGUAUGGAGGCUUUGUUCUUAAAUGUAAAUCACUUGUGGGAUAAUUGAUGACAUUUUCCUAAUUUUAUCCCUAUUUAGUACAAUAAA